UAUUCUUUCCUGCUUCAUAACGUUGUUUCGUUUGUAGUUUUCUCUGAAUAUAACCAUAUAGCUAGUUAGCUUACUAGCUAGCUGAACAGAACUAUCUGUGUACACUAUAAACCAAUCCUCAACUAUUCACAUACAUCAAAGCUGUAGCUACCACUUUGAAGGAUCUAACAGUUAACUUAGUGAACGAAUCGACCAUCAUCAAGUCGACCGACCAGAUGUAAAUAAUGCUAACGUUAUGUGCUAGGGUAAGCUAAUUUCGUUGCUAGCUAGGCAGUCCUAGCCAACACCCUCAUGAGGCAAUCCAUCUCCGGAGGAUUAGCUAGCUACCAAGUGUAAACAAGUCUGACUAACUUGGGUUUUGCAUCUAGCAGCAAAGAACAAUCCAACAGAAUGUCAGAUGAUGCCAUUCUGCUGAAUGUACCUGUCAUUCGGCAGCUGUACCACUGGGACUGUGGAUUAGCCUGCGCAAGAAUGGUUUUGAAGUACCUCCACCCUGUGAGUGAUGAGGAGUUUCAGGGUGCAUGCUGGGAGCUGAAGCUGACGGAGAGUGUGUGGACAAUUGACUUGGCCUACCUCAUGUGCCAGCUGGGGGUCAGGCACCGCUUCUGCACUCAGACACUGGGAGUUGACAAGGGCUUCAGGAAUCAGUCCUUCUACAAAAAGCAUUUUGACACUGAGGAAGACAGAGUGAACAAACUCUUCCUAAAGGCUGAGAGCAAGAGUGUGGUGGUGAAACAAUGCUCAGUGACAAUUCAGGAAAUCCAGGAACAUCUUGACGAGAGUCAUGUGGCCAUAGUGCUGGUCAACGCUGUGGUUCUGGUGUGUGAACUUUGCUCUUCGCCUGUCAAGUACUGCUGUUUCCUGCCUGUGGGCCAGAAGUGCUUCUGCAGGAAGCCAGAAUACCAGGGUCACUUUGUGGUUGUGUGUGGCUUCAACCGGAGCACCGGCUGCAUCUUCUACAACAACCCUGCCUACUCAGACCGCGUGUGUUGCACCAGCAUUAGUAACUUUGAAGAGGCUCGAAUGAGCUACGGGACAGAUGAGGAUAUUCUGUUCAUCUUCAAGGAGAGCUGAUGUUGAUGGUGCAGAUGACGAUGCAGAUGGUCUCCACAUCAUCAUAGCGUCCAAUCCUCACUAUGAUGACACACCAGUGGGUCUACAGGUCCCUGAACGGGGACUGCUGGUUCCAGCUCUGGCCCAGUGUUGUAGAUGGCCCUGGGCUGUCCACUCUAGUGCUAACAUGGCUGAUUGCUCACAGAACACACAACACCACUCCAACGUUACCACACCAAUCUCACCACACAAAGCCCAUGCUAGUCGUCAGUGUCUAAAGGAAUAACAGCUGAAGAGAUCAAUAAAGCAAGUGUGGUUUUUACGUUGGUUGGGGGACAAGCAGAUAGAUGAAAUAGAAUAAAUGAAUUUUGACAGUGUCCCCUUUAGUUUAGUUUAAGUUGAUUCCACCAAUUGCCAUGUGAAAUAGUUAGCAGUGCAAGACCAUAAUUCCUAUUCCUAAUGCUGAGUGGACAAAAUGCCAAUGACACUCAAGUUGUUUCUAACCUUGGAGAGGAGGACAAAACAAUGCACAUACAAGGGCUUACGGCAACAUGAUGCUUUCUUAAUGCUUUAUUCUGAUGUCAUGCUACUUGUCAUGCAAGUCUGAUGGGCCAUGUAUAGCUGCUUACCUCCCCUCAGACGAGCCUAGUCUUAUUUUAUUAGUUUGAUUUGUAUUUAAGGAUCCCCAUUAGCUGCUGCCAAGGGGUCCAGCAACAUUAAGGCAGUCAUAUACAAUUUAAAACAUUACA